GGCAGGGUUGCGAAUGGAAACGCAUGUCGCUCAGAAUGCAAAGAAGCUGGUGUACUUUGUACUGCUGAACGCCCCCUGGAGUGUGCUCUGUUAUUAUGCUGAGGAUCUCCGACUGAGGGUCCCUCUGCAGGCUGUACCCAAUCAGGCAGUGCUUAACUGGUCUCACAGGCUCCUGAUAAAACUGGGCAUCCCUAAUAUUCUCUACGAGGAGGUUCCUGACCUGCCCUUGGAUUACUACACCUGCCGUUUUAAGGCAAACAAAUUACCAUGGUUUCUUGGGAGUAAUCACCACGACACCUUCUUCAGCAGCACCCAACGACACAGAAUACUGUAUGAGAUUCUGGCCACCACAUCAUACGGUGAUCCAAAGGAAGGGCAUGUUGGAGUGGAAAGACUGCUGAGCGAAGAGGUAUUCACAGCUGCGUUCCCCCUGCAUGAUGGUCCUUUCAAGAUGCCAUCAGAAAAGCUACCCUCUAAUGAAAUGAAUCAGAGGCAGAUUCUUUUCCAUUAUUGGGCUCAGUGGAGUAAGUGGAAGAAAUACCAGCCUUUGGAUCACAUUCGCAGGUACUUUGGGGAGAAGAUUGCACUCUACUUUGCCUGGCUUGGUUUCUACACUGGGUGGCUCUUUCCAGCAGCGAUAGUGGGUACCCUGGUCUUUGUAAUUGGCAUCUUUAUGAUGUUUGAUGACAUACCUGUAGAGGAAAUCUGUAACAGUGGGGGUAAAUACCAGAUGUGCCCACUUUGCAAAUCCUGCCCAUAUUGGAACAUCUCCACCAUUUGCCCAAUGUUUAAGGCAGGUCGCCUCUUUGACCACGGUGGAACUGUCUUCUUCAGUAUCUUCAUGUCUCUGUGGGCAGUCACAUUCCUAGAGUAUUGGAAGCGAAUGAAUGCCACCCUGACAUAUCGCUGGGACUGUUCAGAGUUUGAUGAUAUUGAGGAACGACCGCGUCCCCAGUUCGCUGCCAUGGCUCCCAUGAUGACUAAAAAUCCAGUUACUGGAGAGGAAGAACCGUAUUUCCCUAGGCAAAAUCGUUUCAACAGAAUCGUUGCAGGAUCGAUGGUCAUCAUUAUAAUGAUUGCUGUAGUGGUGAUGUUCUUGAUUUCCAUCAUCCUUUACCGGGCUAUCAUUUUCGUGAUCGUGUCCAGGUCCGGAAACUUCCUCGUCGUGGCUUCAGCCUCUCGUAUUGCCAGUAUCACAGGCUCAGUGGUGAACCUAAUCUUCAUUCUCAUUCUCUCCAGAAUUUAUCUUGCCCUGGCACACUUUCUUACCAAGUGGGAAAUGCAUCGCACCCAGACCAUGUAUGAAGAUGCUCUUACGUUUAAGGUGUUUGUUUUUGAGUUUGUGAAUUUCUACUCUUCUCCCAUCUACAUUGCAUUCUUCAAGGGCAGGUUUGUAGGCUAUCCAGGACACUACAACAAAUUGCUUGGCAUGCGCAAUGAGGAUUGUGGACCAGGCGGCUGCCUCAUUGAACUUGCCCAAGAGCUGCUGGUCAUCAUGGUGGGAAAGCAAAUAAUUAACAAUGUGCAGGAGAUCCUCAUUCCGAAGGUGAAAACUUGGUGGCAUAGGCGGAAUCUUCACUCAACAAACAGGUGGAGUAAGGAGGAUCCAGAAGGCCUUAUGAAUCCAUGCUGGGAGAGAGAUUAUGAACUACUGCCAUAUGAAGGGCUCUUUGCUGAAUACCUGGAAAUGGUGCUGCAGUUUGGCUUCAUCACCAUCUUUGUGGCUGCUUGUCCAUUGGCUCCUCUCUUUGCCUUACUCAACAACUGGGUGGAAAUACGCUUGGAUGCCCAGAAGUUUGUCUGUGUAUAUCGGCGGCCAGUUGUGGAGCGGGCCCAAGGCAUUGGCAUCUGGUUCAAUAUCCUGGAGGUCAUCACGCACCUGGCAGUUAUCAGCAAUGCGUUCCUGAUUGCGUUCACCUGUGACUUCCUCCCUCGGCUGUAUUACCAGUACACUCGUGCCAGCAAUCUGCAGGGUUAUGUUGAUUUCACCUUGGCCUAUGCCCCCAAAUCAUUUGUCUUGGAGAACAAUGCUACCUGCAGAUACCGAGCAUAUCGGGAACAGAGUGGCAAAUAUUCACUAGUUCACUGGCAUCUACUGGCAAUCCGUCUUGGCUUCAUAAUUGUAUUUGAGCAUGUGGUUUUCUUCAUUGCACGCCUGAUUGAUAUGAUGGUGCCUGACAUCCCAGAGACUGUGGCUAUGAAGGUGAAGAGAGAACAUUAUCUAGCAAAGCAAGCUCUAGCUGAGAAUAAGAAUGCACACAAAAGUAGCUCGAAGAUGAAAAAUUCUAGAACACUUCGCCAUUAGAGAACAAUUAUCCCAAGG